UGCAGAUAUCAUGCAUCAAACUAGAUGGAAGCGGCCAUACGCGAACCCAAACACCCAGAAGAGAAGCAAAAAAACAUCUCAGAGAAGGGAAAAGUAGCCGUCAAAACAGUUAAACAGCAAAAAGCAAAGCACCUAAAAGGCAUGGAAGGCGGAAGGCAUCACGCACCAGCAUCAGUCCUGUCGUUAGUAACCCCGUUGUGCAGCUCGCGGCGGCAGCAGGCGGCCUUGGACACGCAGACGCCCAUCUCGAUCCAAGCGAGCCCGGAGACGGAGGGCGGAAUAAAAUCCUGAGGGCGAUCUGCGUGGGACAAGAGCAAGCAGAGCAGCACGCUAGUUGCUCAGAGCAGAAUUCAAAGCCCGCCCGCCCGCUUGCCUGCCCGGAUCUAAGCAUGGGACGGGGCCGCCCAAAUGGAAGCGACCGAGCGACGAGCUUGUCACCUGCGGUGAGCAAGUGGAGCGAGUGGAACAAGAGGGUGUUAGUACUGCUACUGGUAUGGCAAUUUAAUCUUUGUGCUGAUUUGCGUGGAGUUGUAAAUGGGCUGUUAAGCCAGGAUUUGGGGUGUCAAUGUGGCUAAUUAGCCUUGUAAUAGUGGGCCGGCCUUAUUAGCUUGACUAUAAAAGCUGUAAUCUGGUGUGGAUCUGGGGAUAAGAAAGAAAUAGAAACAGAAUCGCAACAAACUUAUCUGAGUUUGAGCGCUUCUCUUCUGUUCCUCUCCUUUGCUAGAUUUGGCGCGGCUCACGUCGCCGAAGUUGCGCAUCGGCGGCCACGGGCGGUGUCAUCUGGUAUCGGAUUCGGGGUCGGCUGCGUCUUCAUCCUCUUCCACGCGCUGUUCCUCGUCUUUGGCGGUUCGUGGGCGACUUCUUCUUCUGCUGGGUCCAUCCAGUUCGUCGCUACAGCGCCCGCAACCAAACCAUCGGUACAGACUCGUUUGGUGUUACAGGCUAUGGCGGAUGGGGAGCGGGUUAGUCAGGAGAAUUGGAGUCGUGUUAUUGAGACGUUGGAGGGAGUGAGUAGCAGGUUGAAGGAUGUGGAGAGGGUGCAGCAACAAAUCAUGAUGCAGACUGAAUUAGUGGCAUCAGUUGCUGAACAGGCGGCGAAGGAGAGAAAUGAUUUGGGUCGUAAAUUGGAGGAGACUGGAAGGGUAGUAGCACAGAUGAGGUUGGAACAGUUGGGGAAGGAAUUAGGUGAAUCUUCUGGGGGUUCUGGUUCACCAUCAUUGGAGGUGCAGCAUAGUGGGUCUCUGUAUACGAGAGGUCGUCAUGAGAAGGAGGUGGAGGGCGGUAGAGCUUUCAGAGGUGAUUCAGGGAGGAUGCAAGGGGAAGACAGACAGUCUUGGGAUCCACAUUAUCAGGGUUUACCCAAGUUACCUUUUCCCAAGUUUUCAGGGGGUGAUCCUGUAGUAUGGUUGGAUCAAUGCAUGGAAUAUUUUACCACUUACAGGGUUUCCAAUGCUAUGUGGGUGUCUAUUGCUUCGAUGAAUUUGGAACAUGUUGCAGCCCAGUGGUGGCAGUAUCACAAGUUGAGGCAUGGGUUAGGUGGUUGGCAGGAGUUUACCUCAGCUGUGGUUGCUAAGUUUGGUGCUAAUGCUUAUCCUAAAGCAUUGAGGAGGUUGUUGGCUUUGAAGCAAACUGGUACACUGGAUUCUUAUGUGUCAGAAUUUGAACAGGCCAGAUAUGGAUUAGCUGUUCAUAACUCGGAGUUUGAUGAGACAUUCUUUGUUACCUAUUUUGUGCGAGGCCUUAAGUAUGAAUUGCAGGAUGUGGUGCAGGUUCAAACACCUUCUACGGUGGACCGUGCUAUUCAUUUGGCUCAGCUUCAACAGGAGGUGUUGGAGCGCAAUAAAUUUCGGGGACAACGGUCAGGGUUGUCUAUGCAUGUGAAACAACCUGUGGCUGGCCAGAAAACAGAUGACCAAGGACUCGGGGCAGAUCUCACAAGAGCACGACAACUUAGGGAUUUCAGGAGACUUAAUGGGUUAUGUUAUGCUUGUGGGGAAAAGUUUGAGCCUGGUCAUAUUGCCAAAUGUGCAAAGCGUGGAGCACUGCAGUUAAAUGUAGUGGCUACUGAGGAUAUGUCUGAGAUACUCACUGAUGAUACAUUACAGCAGUUGGCACAAGAAGAUGAAGUUAAGGAGUUGUGUUGUCGUUUAUCUGUGCAGGCUCUAGCUGGUACAGGCAGUAUUAACAGUAUGAGGAUUCGAGCGGUAGUGCAGAAACAGUUGAUGUUGAUGUUGGUGGACUCAGGCAGUUCGACCAGUUUUGUGAGUAGUCAUGUGGUGCAUCAGUUGGGAUUGACUGUGCAAGUUUGUCCAGCUGUGACAGUCAAAGUGGCAAAUGGAGAGACUAUGGUCAGUAAUACUAUGGUGAAAGGAUUGGAAUGGUGGGCUGGUGCACAAUUGUUUCAUACGGAUAUGAGGGUUUUAACUUUGAGUGCUUUUGAUGCUAUUUUGGGGUAUGAUUGGUUGAGAUACCAUAGCCCUAUGGAAUGUGACUGGGAACAAAAGUUUUUGAAGUUUACAAUAGGGGGCAAAGAGGUAGUGUUGCAGGGUGAUGAGGAGGCUGGGGAUGCGAAGGUGAAGCCUGUGACAGGUUCCCAGUUGCACAAAUGGGUGAAGGGGCAUGAUAUUUGGGCUUUAGUGGUGUUGGAAGAAGUGUCUGAAUAUCAGGGAGUACAGCAGCAGGGGGAUCUUCAGCAGUUACUUCAGGAGUUUGGAGAUGUGUUUGAAGUGCCUUCUCAGUUACCUCCUGCUAGGGUGUAUGAUCAUCAUAUUCCUUUGGUUCCUGGAGCAGUACCAGUGAAUUCCAGACCUUAUAGGUAUUCUCCUCUUCACAAGGAUGAAAUUGAGAAGCAAGUGGCUGCUUUGUUGAAGGCUGGUCUUAUUGUUCCUAGUGUAAGCCCGUUUGCUUCUCCGGUAUUGUUGGUUAAGAAGAAAGAUAGCACUUGGAGGUUUUGUGUGGACUACAGGAAAUUAAAUUCUUUGACCUUUAAGAACAGAUUUCCUAUGCCUCUUGUUGAAGAGAUUCUGGAUGAACUGGCUGGUACUAAAUAUUUUUCUAGUCUGGAUCUUACUGCUGGGUAUCACCAGAUUAGAAUGGGGGAAGGUGAUGAGCAUAAAAUAGCCUUUAAAACCCAUCAGGGUCAUUACCAGUUCAGGGUCAUGCCUUUUGGGUUAACCAAUGCUCCUGCAACCUUUCAAUGUGCGAUGAAUUCUGUUUUGGCUCCUUUUCUUCGGAAAUUUGUCAUGGUUUUCAUUGAUGACAUUUUGGUUUAUAGUGAUACAUGGGAGGCACACUUGGCUCAUAUUAAGAUGGUGCUGCAGACUUUGAGAGAGCACCAGUUUUAUCUGAAGAGGAGCAAAUGUGUGUUUGGGAGGAAUGAGCUCAUUUAUUUGGGACAUAUUAUUUCUCACACAGGGGUGGCCACUGAUCCUGCUAAGACAGCAGCCAUGGAGAAAUGGCCUGUUCCUCAGUCAGUAACUGAGUUGAGGGGGUUUUUGGGUCUCACUGGGUACUAUAGGAGAUUUGUGAGACAUUAUGGGAUUAUUGCAAAACCCCUUACUAAUCUGUUGAAGCAUAAGGCUUUUCAGUGGAGUCCUGAGGCUGAUCAGGCUUUUCAAGCGUUGAAGAAGGCUAUGCUUACUACUCCUGUGUUGGCCCUACCCAGGUUUGAUGAGUUAUUUGUUGUGGAGACUGAUGCUUGUGAUGAUGGGAUAGGUGCUGUUUUGAUGCAAUGUGAUAGACCAGUGGCAUAUCUAAGUAAAGCAUUGGGUGCUAAGAAUAAGAUGCUCUCCAUUUAUGAAAAAGAGUUUUUGGCUCUAAUCAUUGCAGUGGACAGGUGGAGGCAAUAUUUGCAGAGGGCUGAAUUUGUGAUUAAGACUGAUCAUCAGGCUUUGAGUUUUCUGGAUGAUCAGAUUUUGCAAUCUGAUAUGCAGAGGAAGGCUAUGGCUAAGUUGAUGGGGCUUCAUUUCAGAAUUGUUUACAAAAAAGGCAAGGACAAUGUGGCUGCCGAUGCUCUAUCCAGGAUUGGUCAUGUGAUGCAGAUUCACACGGUGACUGAGGUGAAACCAGCUUGGGUGCAAGAACUCCUGAAUGCUUAUGUGACAGAUAAAGAGGCUCAAGAUCUAUUGGCUCAAUUGGCCCUGGCCAGUCCUAAUGAGCAAGGUUUUUCUUUACAUCAAGGUAUUAUUAGAAAAGGGGAUCAAAUCUGGAUAGCUAACAAUUCUGCCCUUCAAACUAAGUUGAUUUCAGCCCUGCAUGAUAGUGUGGUGGGAGGACAUUCUGGUGGUGAGGCCACUUACCAAAGGAUCAAGAGGUUGUUCUGGUGGAAAGGGCUCAAGUCAGUCGUGUUUCAGUUUGUGCAGCAAUGUGAGGUGUGUCAGCAUGCUAAGCAUGAAAGGGUGCAUUAUCCGGGUCUCCUACAACCUUUACCAGUGCCUCAAGGGGCUUGGCAGGAUCUUACAUUGGAUUUCAUUGAAGGUCUCCCUAGAUCUGAGGGAUAUGAUACUAUUUUGGUCGUGGUGGAUAGAUAUUCCAAAUAUGCUCAUUUUUCCCCCUCAAGCAUCCUUUCACUGCUGUUGGAGUGGCACAGGUGUUUCUUGACAAUGUUAUCAAGUUGCAUGGGACACCAAAGUCUUUGGUUUCCGAUAGAGACAAAGUGUUCACUAGUUUAUUUUGGAAAUCUUUGUUUCAGGCUUUGGGGAUCAAAUUGGCUCUUACUACUGCAUAUCACCCUCAAACUGAUGGGCAAUCAGAGCGAGUGAAUCAGUGUUUGGAAAUGUAUCUUCGCUGUUCUAUUCAUGAGGCACCUAAUACUUGGAAGAAAUGGUUGGCCCUUGCUGAGUUUUGGUACAAUACUUCAUAUCACACAGCUUUGGGGUGUUCUCCAUUCAAGGCCUUGUAUGGUUAUGACCCUGUGUUUGCUGCUGCUCCUAUGCUUUCUGGGGUUGCUCCUAGUUCUGUGACUGAGGUGUUGGCGGACAGACAGUUACAUGCUACCAUGCUGAAGGAGAAGUUGGCAGCUGCUCAAAAUAGGAUGAAACUCCAGGCUGAUAAGCAUAGAUCUGACAGAGAGUUUCAGAUUGGAGAUAGCGUUUUGGUAAAGCUUCAGCCUUAUGUGCAGAAGUCGGUGGUUAGUCGACCCUGUCCUAAAUUGGCUUAUAAGUUCUAUGGUCCUUUUAAGGUGUUACAGAAGAUUGGGGUGGUUGCUUAUAAGCUGGAUUUACCAGUUACAUCUUUGAUUCAUCCAGUAUUCCAUGUAUCUCAGCUGAAGGCUUUUACUCCCAAUUAUUCUCCGGUGUUUUCUGAUUUACCACAACUUGUUGAUCUGUCUGUUAAAGAGGUUAAGCCAUUGGCUGUGGUGGAAAGGAGGAUGGUGAAGAAGGGUAAUCAUCCUGUGGUGCAAGUAAGGGUGACUUGGUCCAAUAUGCCAGCUGAGGUUACCACUUGGGAGGACUAUGAAGUGUUGAAGAACUGGUUUCCUACAGCUCUUGAUUGGGGACAAUCAAGCUCUUCCGGGGGGGGCAAGUGUUAGUACUGCUACUGGUAUGGCAAUUUAAUCUUUGUGCUGAUUUGCGUGGAGUUGUAAAUGGGCUGUUAAGCCAGGAUUUGGGGUGUCAAUGUGGCUAAUUAGCCUUGUAAUAGUGGGCCGGCCUUAUUAGCUUGACUAUAAAAGCUGUAAUCUGGUGUGGAUCUGGGGAUAAGAAAGAAAUAGAAACAGAAUCCCAACAAACUUAUCUGAGUUUGAGCGCUUCUCUUCUGUUCCUCUCCUU